CAUUUUCUGACAAUCAUUAAAAAAACGCAAAACCAUCAAAAAUGUUUUUAUCUUCCCUCCUUGAAGAAAUCUUAGAGCAGAUCAAAUUUUUGGCUUCAAAAGCAAUUUUAAAUUAUGUAGGGUGUCAUUUGGCAAAAUUAGUAAUAAUAAAUCUAAAAAACAUUAGCAUAAUCUAAGAAAACGCGAUGGACUUCUCUACAACUACACACGUUGAAUAUCAAUGGCCAUUUCCAAAACCUGUAGUAGGAAAGCCAUGCGAGCCUCCGACGCCGUCAGCCGCGCCGACAGUGCGGCCUGCGCCCGUGGCCCCCUACUGUCAUUGUGACGCGCACUCCUACUCCCCACGAGUGGAGCAGUACAAGCAACUGCUGGAGAAGGAGCAGAAGCUGUGCCAUGACUACGAACAGCUCAGAAGACAGAUGGUGGACGUUACUAACGACAUACUGGACCACCCCUGUGAUGAUCUAGACAGUAAAAUGAUAACGAUGUACCAAGCCACGUUUAAAAAGAGAUCGUUCCCACAAACCGACUAUCGAACAAUCAUGGCGGCUGCCCAGUCCCCCGCGCCUAUUCCAAUGGAGAGUAAUCGCCUCGGCAUGUUGCGGUGCUACAAGGAUCCGACUCACUUCACUGACAAUCCUCCAGUGGUCAGACCGACGAUAAACCCUCCAGGCCCAGUUCACACGGGAGUUGCUCCGAAGUCCAUCCAGAUUUGGUUCACAGAUUUCCCCGGUCGGACAGAGUAUAUGGACACGUAUAGCGCUUCAGCGAAAGCGUGUAUCCGCUCGAUGCAGAGGUAUAAGGAACCUAUGCCGUCCACUCGUCGCCGUGCUGACGAUCCGUGUGUAUGAUUCUCAAGCAAUAGGGACGAUAUGUUAUGAAUAAAUAAGGGAAGAUAAA